GGCGCGGGGGGGCGUGGUCUCGGCCGCGUCGCCGCGCGGCGUGCGGAAUCUGCGGCGGCCGUUGGCCGUUGGCGCGGCUUGGGCGGUUGUCUUGGAGAAGCAAGAUGGCGGCGACGGCGGCCGCGGUGGUCCCGGAGGAGGACACGGAGCUGCGAGACCUGCUGGUGCAGACGCUGGAGAACAGCGGGGUCCUGAACCGCAUCAAGGCUGAACUGCGAGCAGCUGUGUUUUUAGCACUAGAAGAGCAAGAAAAAGUAGAGAACAAAACUCCUCUAGUCAAUGAGAGCCUGAGAAAGUUUUUAAAUACGAAAGAUGGCCGGCUGGCGGCGAGUCUCGUUGCAGAGUUUCUCCAGUUUUUCAAUCUUGACUUCACCUUGGCCGUUUUUCAGCCUGAAACCAGCACAUUUCAAGGUCUUGAAGGUCGAGAGAAUUUAGCCCGAGAUCUAGGUAUUAUUGAAGCAGAAGGUACUGUGGGUGGACCUUUAUUAUUAGAAGUGAUCAGACGUUGUCAGCAGAAAGAAAAAAGGGCAGCCAAUGGGGAGGGUGCACUAGAUCUAUGUGAUGUACAUUCUCCACCAAAGUCACCAGAAGGCAAAACAAGUGCUCACAGCAGUCCCAGUAAGAUACCAAGGUAUAAAGGACAAGGUAAGAAGAAGACAAGCGGGCAGAAGUCUGGUGCCAAGAAGGCCAGCAGUGAUGCUAGUCAGAGUGACCCAAGUGUCUCCUCAUCAGAACCAAAGAGCAAAAACGGCCUCCACCUGCUGGCCCAUGAAACAAAAAUUGGAUCUUUCUUAAGUAACAAAAGUCUAGAUGUCAAAGACAAAGCUGGUCUUUGUCCAGAUGAAGAUGAUAUGGAGGGGGAUUCUUUCUUUGAUGAUCCCAUUCCUAAACCAGAAAAAACUUACGGUUGGAGAAGUGAACCUAGUAAGCAAGCAGGAAGCCUUGCAUCGCUCUCUGACGCACCCCCCUUGAAAAGUGGGCUCAGCUCCCUUGCCGGAGCCCCCCCAUUGAAAGACUCUGAAAGUAAAAGAGGAAACACAGUUUUAAAAGAUCUGAAAUUGGUCCAUGAUAAAAUCGGAUCACUUGGAUUAGGGACUGGAGAGGAAGACGACUACGUUGAUGAUUUUAAUAGUACCAGCCAUCGCUCAGAGAAAAGUGAGCUGAGUAUUGGUGAAGAGAUCGAGGAAGACCUUUCUGUGGAAGUCGAUGACCUCAAUACCAGUGAUAAACUCGAUGACCUGACACAGGACCUGACUGUGUCCCAGCUCAGUGACGUUGCGGAUUAUCUGGAAGAUGUUGCAUAGACGUGAAAGAAGGAAGUAUUCUAAUCAACAAAGGACAAAGGACUCUGAUCAGUUCCAUUUUUUUUUUUCUCCAGACAAUCACUCUUUGCUGGAAUGUCUGCUCCCUAUUGGUGCCUUGUGUUUCAAAAAGACUGCAGAUAUUUUUAAAAAUUAAGUUUUCAUUAUACUAAACAAAAGCUUCCUACCUGAGCUGGUGUAUGGAAGAUACAAUAUUCUUAAUUUGGUUUGGCUGCACGUUUCUCUGUGGAAGUUGAUUAUCUACAACUCAAAUUCAUUACAAGGAGUGAACCCAUGAAAAUAUGAGUAUUAAGAGCUUACUGAAAGGUGUCAAUAAAGCUGUAGGUUCACACAGCUGUGUGUGUGUGUGUGUGUGUGUGUGUGUGUGUGUGUGUGUGUGGCUUUAGGCAUCCGGAGUCAAAGCAUACUUGGUAUUAGGUGUUGUGCACAGAGUUGGUGAAGUGACCUGAAGCUUAUUACCGAAAGUUAGAUUUGAUAGGUCAGCUUUAUUUUGUAUUUCCUUCCAUCUGGAAGGGUUGUUAGACCAUUACGGUUAUAUUAAAUACUCCCGUGUGCGCUGGUUUUGCUUGUUUUGAAGAAAUCUAGAGGUCGUUAUGACUUUCAGUCCACAGAGUUGUCACUGACAGCAUCCGUGGUCGCCUCUCCUGUCGGUAGAAGGAGCUGUUAGUCACGGGCUGUCGUCUUUACAGUUGUAAUUAUCGUGUGUAAAGAUGCCUGGAAACAUUUAAUACCAGGAUGCAUCUGUAACCACCAAGCAGUGCUUUUAUCUCAGACCUGUAAGUUGAUUGUAUUAAAAUCCAAAUUGGACUGUAACAGUGGUAAUGGCCUAAGACCAUCCCCAGUGUGGCGAGCCUUGUGCACUGUGCAGAGGUUCCUUGCAGCCCCGCCCAGACGGAGGCGGCGCUGGCCCCGCGGGCAGCCUCGCUCCCGCUGUCCCUGCUGUGCUGCUGUCAGUGGGGUGGCUGACCCUCACUACUGGGAGUGACGCCGGCGUGUUCCCAGGAAUGUAAGUGAAGCUGUGAUCGUGUGCUACAUUUUGUACUUUUUUAUUUGCAUUAAAUUAUGUUUUUUUAUUAAAAGUCACCUUUAUUAAUAAAGAGUCAACUAGACCUCCUUGAUUGAUUUCAGUAAGUGAGCAGACUUCGUGGUCCCUCUAGGGCCAGUUUUUCAUUCCCUAUCUGCCUCAAUGUUACAGAAGUAUUUGCUGGCCCCUCAUAUGUGAAGGGCAGUGGUAACGAAAGGAUUGCGAUUAUAUAACGUGACGGUGUGAUUGUAUAACAUCUAAGUGAAACUGAGCCACGAGCACCAAGAGGAAGUAGGACAGAAAGUGGGCCAGCGCGACCUGGGAGCCGCUCUGUCGGUCUGCCCUCGCUUUGUGGGCUCUGACCUCAGUCCUGGUGGCGGGCUGUGUGUUGUGUGAGUGCACAGCACCGUGGGGAGAUGUAAUCUGUCGCUGAAAGUCCCCCAAUGCGCUUGUUGUAAAAUGCAUGUCCCUAGAUGUCCUCUCUGUAAACAGUCACUUUCUAUAAAGCAUUGUAGUUUUCCUCUGGGCCUCUGGAAUCUGUGUCAAAUGUGUGGCUUAUUUUUUAUCUGAUUGAGCUAGAUUUCAAUGAAAUGAUUUGAAAGGAUAGCAGGAGGUGGCUUUUUAAAUUUCUGGAAAACUUUGAACAGCAUCUGAAAUUUGUCAUUCUUCCGUUAUCUAGAGAAUCUGACCUUUUGAUGACAUCUGGGAGGACGGGCAGAAAGGGCCAAACAUGGAGCUUCCUUUGUCAUCGGCACUCCAUACAGCUAGUGAUGUCAAGUAACUUAAAAUUCAGUGAAGAAAAGUUCCAUUUCCAAAUGUGUUCCUCAGUUAGAUAGGUUUUGAGUGUGUGACUAUUUUCUUUUUGCUCAGAAAUACAUUUUGACAUACUGAUCCGUGAAACACAUUUUCAUGGUAAAACCUGAAUUUGACAGUGGAAUUUUUCAAGUGUGAGGUGUCCUUUUAUUGGUGAUAAUUCAAAGUGAAUAAAAAGCUUUUAUUCUC